AUGCUCACGUCCAGCGGCACGCCCACGGCCGGCCAAGGGGGGCAGGUGAGCCCGGACAACCCGAUCACCCCGGUCAACCCAGCCAAUGCAGCUACCCCCGCCGACGCCGCUACCCCCGCUAAUGUCGCCAACCUCGGCGGGCGGGAGGGGAAGUCCGAGUGGCUGGUAUAUCCCCAAACCAACUACGAAUUUAACAUUGUUGAAAAACUAAAAAGUAAAUUCAUCAUGGAUAUGGACAAAUGCAAGAAACGGAUAAACGCAUAUAAUGAAAAUGGCAUCCGAAACUCAGCAUUGGCAAUUAUCCUAUGUCACAGAUAUGAGUACCCACACCUUCUUCUGUUACAGAAUAUAGAGAAUCAGACAUACUACCUUCUAAGUGGUAAGUACAGAUCGUGGGAGAAGCCCAGGGAAGUACUAAAAAGGAAGCUACAAAAGUAUAUAAAUCAGAUUAAGGACAUGCAUUUCUCGACUAGCCAUCUGAAUUCGGAAGAGAAAGAACAAGAAGACCCCAUCGAGAUUGGAGAAUUCCUAGGUGAAUGGUGGAAGACACAAUUUAACUCCGUCUACCUUCCCUACUUACCUGCUCAUAUAACGAGACCGAAGGAGUACAUACGACUAUAUCAAGUUACGCUGACUUCUAGAUGCAUUUUUCAUUUGCCUCCAGGGUUUACUCUGAAAGCUUUGCCCCUCUUCGACCUGGGUUGCUGCGGAGUGGCUAUUGGCGGCCUCACCAGUGUCCUCUCCCGCUUUAAGCUCCACUGCAUGGUGCCGCAGGAGGAGGGCCAGGAAGAAUAA